AUGUUUAAAACAGGUCACAGUGGGUUGAAGUAAAGAAAGAAAGAAGCUGUUUUUUAGUGCGAGUACAACCGGCUAAUCCGCGCUGUCAGGACCCCGGCGAACUGUGAACCGGAAAUACAAUGACCGCUAUGCGCCUGAACAAAAAGUUCACCCGGCUGCUAGCUGUUUCAUUUGACAUCAAGAUGCUAACUAUGUAAUCAAAAGAAACUCCGUCUGUUUGGCAUGUAUGCCUCGACAUCAAUAAAACAGUUUUCUGUUCCCGGGUCGGCUCUGCGGCUGCAGUGAAAGUGAAGCUCUGACAGUUUUCAACCAUUUGACUGCUGCCCUUCUCAAUGAGGUACAGAGGAGCUCAGAUCUGUCUGCGGGCUCAUGGCUCGAGCUGUCUGUCCCGCCUCUCCCUGCCCGGCAGAAUCACUCCGGUCCGCACCUACAGCUCGCAAAAUCAGCCCGGCUCCCCUCCACCCACCAACCCCAGCCCUCCUGAAGGGAAGAGUGGAGCUCAGGUGGUGAAGGAGCGUACCGUGGCUGCCUUACAGCAUGCAGGUGAAUUGGGGCAGCAGUGGGGUCAGCGGGCGACUCAGACGGCCUCCGCCUCCGUCAACUACUGGUGGGAGAGGUACGAGGAGUUUGUCGGACUCAACGAGGUCCGCGAGGCCCAGACGAAGGUCACUGAGGCUGAGGCGGCGUUCAUGGUGGCCAGAGGGAUGGUGCGCGAGGCUCAUGCCAGCCUGGAGGCCCUGCAGGUCAGACUGAAGGAGGUCAGAGACCGGCUGGACAGAGUCUCCAGGGAGGAGGCUCACUACCUGGAGCUGGCCACGCUGGAGCACAAGCUGCUGCAGGAGGAGCGGCGUCUCCGGACAGCGUACGAGAACGCAGAGGGUUCAGAGAGGGAGAAGUUUGCCUUGUUCUCAGCCGGCGUCAGGGAGAGCCACGAGAAGGAGAGGACGAGAGCAGAACGCACCAAGAACUGGUCCAUCAUCGGCUCGGUACUCGGAGCCCUGAUCGGGGUCAUGGGAUCAACAUACGUCAACCGCGUCCGCCUGCAGGAGCUGAAGAAUCUGCUGCUGGAGGCCCAGAAAGGUCCAGAGAGCCUGCAGGAGGCUCUCAGAGUCCAGGCUGGAAACCAUCGCUCCCAGCAGGACGAGCUCCGAACCAUCAUCGACAGCCUCAGGCUCGCCCUGAAUGACGCGUCCACACAGAGGGACAUCGUCCUCCAGGAAAAGAGGGCUCCGACCUCAGACUCACCCGCGGUGCCUCUCUCAGCUCUUAAAGACCUCCACAUCGGCAAAAAGACAGAGUCGCUUCUGGAGUCCCUGCAGCCACAACUGGGCCAACUGGGACAAGGACUGGGUAGAGUGGAGAGCGAGUUAUCGGUGGUGAGGAGGCUGCUGGAGACCAAACCUCAGGCGGAAACACGCGCCGCUCAGCCGCAGUUAGCAACACCAGAGCGUCCAGAGCAACCAGAGCGACCAGAGCGAGGGGACCGGUGGGAGUCGGAGGCGGUGGUGAAGCAGCUGGAGGAGACCCAGAGGACGCUGGGAGAACGAAUCAGGACAAACACUCUUUAUAACGCAGUGUUUACCUACACCGCCGCCGCCAUCACCGUCUCUGCAGUCUUCCUGCUAACCAGAGGGACUGGUUAGACACGAGACCUCCAGUUUGUUCACACGCACUGAACCACUGUCAGUUACUGGGAGCGAUAAUCUGAAUGAAUUAUGUCAGAAAACAUUUGAACUCAGACUCUGUAAUAAACUGGUUCCAGGUCCUGAUUGGGCUCCUCUUCCACUGCUGCUGUUUACUGCACCGCUGACUGCCUCUAAAUAUGAUCGAGUCCGUGAUCUCAAGAUUAAAUGUGAACUAAGAAGAGUUUAAUUCCAGCUCGCUGUAUUCAGACUUGUGCCGUAUGUAAUAUUUCAUACCUUCAUACCUUCCUGAAUCUUCUUUGGUGUACAUGGUUUAUGACGGUAUGAGUGUGCGGCGCUAACACCCUCCAAUGGCCAGCUCUGUACUUACUUUCAGCUUUUCAGACGAAUAAAUACACAUUUACACAAAAUGUUAAGAAAUAUAAGUAAUUAGUGAUAUUCUCGUACUCAUGUUCCUUAUUAAACAGAGAGAUAAAACUUUACACCUUUUAAAUUUAACUUUCUCUCAGUCACAGAUGACUGAUGAGGAUUAAUUAGUUAACUCAUCAUAAAACACACUUCAUUCAAGCUCAACAGAAACAAAAUAAACCAUCUUGGUUACUCUCGCUAGUAAUCUAGAUAGUAAGUCAACUGUUCUAACAACCACCAGCUCAGGUUUGAUCGAAAUAAAUCCUUAAUUCACCUUAAUUCAGAUGUAAAAAAAACAUGCUGUCUCUCUGCCUGCUGGCCGCCGGCUGUU